UUACAGUCUAGAUCUGUGAUCUAUAUGAUUGAGAUUUCGAAGGCCUUUAUACCAUGGAUCUAUGUUGAAGCAUUAUGCUUUUCUGUAACAAGGAGAAGGAAUGAGGCGUUAUGCUUCAUCUCUGAAGGCGGCAUGCUAGUUACAGUCUAG